AUGGAGAACCAAACAUCUCGUAGGGCGUCCCCAACACAGAAUUACCUGGUAGCAUACAACACCGUCUGCCUGGCCCUGUGGUCCGUCAUCACGCUCCGAGCCGUCUUCCUCAUUCCCACGCUCUUCGCACUCGGCAAGCCUCAGGGCCUGCUCGACGCUCUCUUCCCCCUCCUCAAAUGGACCCAGACGAUCGCCCUGCUCGAAAUCCUCCAUGCCACCGUGGGCCUUGUGCGAGCCAGCCCCCUCACGACGGCAAUGCAAGUCGCGUCGCGGAUAUUGGUGGUCUGGGUUGUACUCAACUUGUUCCCACAGAUCGUCGCCACGACCAACAGCUACGGCAAGUCCGUGCCGGGUUCGACGACGGGGCCGAUCGCUUUUGCGGGGAUCUUGCUGGCCUGGGGGACCACAGAAGUCAUUCGAUACGGGUUCUUCGUGUGGAAGGCCGCGAUCAGUGAAAUGGUCCCGACUGGCCUGACCUGGCUCCGAUACAAUACUUUUUUCGUCCUGUACCCCAUCGGUAUCUCCAGCGAAUGUCUGCUCAUGUACCUCGCAUUGAAGCCAGCCGCGAAGCAGGGACUACGGAUCGAUCUGCUGUUGAAGGCUGUCCUGCUCAUCUACGUCCCGGGGAGCUAUAUUCUGUACACUCACAUGAUGGCCCAACGGCGCAAGGUCAUGAAGGGCAAAGGAAAAUCCGCUUGA